AUGCCGGCCGCCGGGCUGAGUUUCCUGUCCAGUUUACUCAUCAAGUCGCUCAAUUUCAACAACAAGCAGACGCUCCUCCUGGGCAUGCCGGGCGGCGCCCUGCAGAUUGUCUUUCAGCUGUCCGCGGGCUACAUUGCGGACCGGUCCCAGCAGCGGAGUCUGACGGCCCUGGCGUACCAGCUGCUGUGUCUGUUCGGCGGCGCCCUGCUCAUUGGCCUCGGCAACGUCUCGCCCCUGUAUGACCGCGCUGGACAACUCGCCGCCUAUUUCAUCCUCGGCGGCGCCUGCGCCAUUGCCUAUUACCUCGUGCUGGCCCUGGUGGCGUCCAAUGUCCUUGGCACCACCAAGAAGAUGGCCACCAAUGUCAUUUUGUUCUUGGCCAUGGCUGCGGCGUACUUGGUCGGGCCGCAAAUGUUUCGCGAUCCUCCGUACUACCACAAGGCCAAGUAUGCGACGGUGGGGUUGUGGAUCGCCUCGGUCAUUAUUUUAAUGGUUCUGUACGCUUUGAACAGAUGGGAAAAUGAUCGGAGAGACAAGCUACAAAGGGAACAGCUCCAAGCGGGCGUCGAGGAGGUUACGAAUGUUGAGUUCUUGGAUCUGACUGAUCGAGAGAAUCCCAAUUUUCGCUAUGUUCUUUGA